GAAAAGGAGGGGAAAAGGAAGAAAAAAUGAAAGGAGUCCAUUUCCCCUCAACCCUCCAGCCCCAAAAAUACCCCGGCGGCGAAAUCCAAUGGGCGACUUACAGAUCCAACCCUAAGCAUUACCCCAACCCAGAAGGGCAGGAAUUUGGGGAAAACCUCCAGCAGAAACAAUCCCAAAUGAGCGUGGCCAUCUUAAGGAUCAAACCCGGAGGUCUCCGUGUCCCCCAUUGGCAUUUCAACGCCAACGAGCACGGCUACGUGCUGCAAGGAACGGCGUGGAUCGGCGUGAUCGCCAACGACAACGUCACCGUUUUCAACGCUUCCCAAGGUCACGUGGUUUUUUUCCCACGCAAUCGCGUUCAUUGGAUGAAAAAUUUGGGCUCGGAGGAUUUGAUGGUCGUCCUUUUUUUCGGGAGCAACGAAGAGGUGAAAAGUUUGGACGUGGAUGAAGCUUUUUUUGGCACGCCGGAAGAUAUCGCGGCUCGGGCGCUGCAGCCGAGUGGAGGAGUGAAAUUUAUUCGAACGUUCCAGAAAUUUCCGGAGGCCCAAAGUGUGAACCUGCCUCCUAAUUUGGGCCAAUUAGUGCACAGCGUUAAUUACCAGCAGUCUGAAGACACUCAAGUUUGGCGGUAUUUUUACGACCUCGGAGCUUCUCCAAUCCACCCUUUCCAAGGCGGCCAAUUCCAAUGGGCUCCUUAUCGAUCUUCCAGGACCUCGGCGAACCCAAACGAGCUCAUUUACAUCCGAUCCCUUAACGAGGAGAGCCGUUCGCUGACGUUGGCCACGUUAAGGAUCUUCGUUAACGAGCUGGGCCAGCCUCAUUAUCAUUUCAACGCUAACGAGCUCGCCUACGUCGUCAGCGGUUGCGCCAGGGCCGGUUUGGUGAUGGAAUCUGGGAAGUCGGUGACGUUCGAUGUCGCGAUAGGAGACGUGAUAUUUUUCCCUGUCGGGACACAACAUUAUUUGAAGAGCGUUUGCGACGAGGAGCUGCUGCUGGUGGUGGCUUACAGCACUGGGAAGGAGGUGAGGAAAGGCUUUGGGGGGGGGGUUGGUAGCCAAAAAGGAAAGGUUGGUAGCCAGCGGAUCCGUAUUUGGCAGCUUUGGGUCCGUAUGGGGUCUGAUGGAUCAGUAUUUGGCAGCGAUGGGUCUCUGGGUUAUGUGAGGAGCUAUGGAUCCCUAUUUGGCAGCUAUGGGGGUCUAUGGGGUUUAAUGGAUCCCUAUUUGGCAGCUAUGGGUCUAUAUGGGGAUCAAUGGAUCCCUAUUUGGCAGCUAUGGGGGUCUAUGGGGUUUAAUGGAUCCCUAUUUGGCAGCUAUGGGUCUAUAUGAGGAGCUAUGGAUCCCUAUUUGGCAGCCAUGGGUCUCUAUUGGGAUCAAUGGAUCCCUAUUUGGCAGCU